GACUGGAUGGUCCGGAGGGCAAUGUUAUCAGGUUAAUAGUUAUUCAUAGCUUGGGUGAAGGGCUUGAUGAGGUAAGUAAUUAACAACACGUUUUCUACAAUAAGCUUCGAAAUACGUAAUUUUCACAAAAACAGUACGCAUAAUUCGUUACAAAAAAGUUAUAUUUCAUUUCCAAGCUAUUGACUGGUACGUGUGCCCUUGAUUUCUCCAUAGCUAAUCGCUUCAAUUGUUCUACUGUUUAGGACUCGUGAUUUUCUGGACUUAGCUUUACUAUCAACCACUCUUUACAAGUAAAGUAAAAAAAAUUGUGUUGGUUUAGCAAACAUUUUUCUUAAAAUAAGUUUCGUAAAUAAGUUCAAAUUUGUUUCCAAAAAACUAUUUGUCCUUUUUUUUUAGCUUUUGAUGUGCGAAGAUGCUCAGGGAAAUAAGUACACGGUGAAGGCAUUCAACAGCAGUGACAAUUUUUUGAAAUUUGAAGAGGUAACUUCUUCACCUAUCCCAUUUAUCCAAAUAGAAUGUUCGAAUGAGUAUUUAGAAAAACGCACCCUGUGAUUCAGGGUACAUCUUCGAAAAUUAUUUAGUAGUUUUAAUUCAGUUUUUUCACCCAGUUGUAUUUCAUUUGUUUUAAAAGACACUUUUGAGCAAGAGAUUUUAGAAACUAUUUUUGCGGCGAGACAGGAAAGUCUAACGCGUUACAUUGCAUCAAAGCUUCAGGUGGAUCCACCAAGCGAUGAAAGCGUGGAAAAAUUGCUACAGUCAUGUGAAGAACAUCGCAACUUUUUCCAGAGAAUGUUUGACGUUCUUAUCAAGCUGACUGCCGAGGUGGGGCAACAGAGUAAAGAUAAUUUAAAUUUCAUUCAACUACUUUCGGACUUUACCAUGGGACUCCAGCAGGAAACAAUAACACUUUUCUCCAAGAUCGAGUCGGUACCUACUCAGAGCCAACUUUCGGACAAGCGGCACGUGGAUCGAGCUAAAGAAUUACACAAAUGGAAAAGGCAUCAUGAAGCGAAAUUCAAGGGAUUUGAAAAGCUGAUGUCAGAACUACAUCAAAAGACAACAGGGGGAGAGCCGAAUAAUAGAGGAAGGCUGGUAAUUGCUAAUAGACUAACAUUUUUUUACUUUAAUUACUUAAUAUCUCAUGCAAAUUGUAUUUAAAUUGUUAAAAGCUCAGUGGGGGUAUUUCAUGAAACAAUGAUUUAGAUCGAGGGAGAGAUAAACCCAGGUUUUGACGUCCAAAUAACAUUAUAUAUAAAACUUUGUGCGACCGACCAAACAGGGGCCUUGGUAGUCCAUAAUUAUUGGAAGUCUUAUGUCAGUCUUCAAGUUUCUAAUUAAAUUCUGCCUCAGGAUUUUUUUUAAUGAGCUCAAACGAGCGGGAAGAAUCUUAUCAUCAAUGAUUUUAUAAAUGUUCUCCUCUUUCUUGACUAUUUCUGUUUGUCAUGUUCUCUCCUACAUUUUUUUGUCUCUUUUUUGUAACGUUCUCUCAUCAGAACUCUGUGCCAGAACGCAGCUCAAGAUCUCUGUCAGGACUCGGAGAGAUGGUAAAGAAAUUUUAGUUUAAUCUGAGAUUAUCAAAACACAGAUCACUGGACUGAAUCAAACUGCAGAUAAGUAACUGACUAGGCCACAAUCAUGGUAAAUAUGACCUGUUAUAAUUACAAUAAGCUCAACAUAUCUUAGAUCUAAUUCGCUCAUUCAUAUUACCUUUGUCGACUGUUCUCAGGAAAGUAGCUAAAUGUUUAUGUUUAGAUUUAAUUCUAUCUUUUUUUUUGCAGAGUUCCAGACGUUAUUCAGAAAGUGACAAAUCAAAAAGAUCAAAAUGAAG